UCCCCCCGUUGCAUUUUUGUUCGUCCGCAGCGCAACGCCAUCGCCGACGGUGCAGUGCGUUACGUGUCGUCCGUGUUUUCGUUUGUGCGUAAGAUUUAUCGUUAUUGUAGUGUUUUAGGUAUCGUAAACGAAAUUCAAAUAUUAUUGUCGUGAUAAUAACAAACGUCGGUGGUAGAGCUGUCAUUAGGAUCGUAAAACAAUAAACUAAUAAUAUUAUCAAUUACCGUCAUCGCGCCGUUUGUCAGACCGCCAAAGGGGAAUUUCAUCGUUUAGUGUGCGUUAACCGCCGCCGCCGCCGCCGUAACACCACCAGUGCAUAUUAUUAGCGUAGUUGCAACCGGCGCCGAGUGCGAUUUACCAACGUCCCUGUUACYACUUACCGGGUAUAAUUUGCGUGGUUACCGCGUCGACGUCUACUACAAGCUGCACAGGCGAACGUGAGUGCGCGCGCGCGCAGUACCGACCGUUGAAGUUGCAACGUGACUUGUUAGUGAUCGUCGCAGCAUUUGCCUACUUCGCCGAGACCGGUUCACACGCGGCGCGAAUCAUGUUCGUCGACGUGCUCAAGAGGUACCUGCUGAUCGUGUGGAACUUCUUCUUCGGACAGGUCUCUACUGAAUCAAUAAAAGACAGUCCACCGUCCUGUACCGAAGACAAACCAAUAGUUUCGGCUGAUGUAGUUCCACCCGUUGAGGUCGAUGAUAAUGACGAUAAGAUCGAAAACGGAGGCGACGAAGAUGAUGAUAUCGAAGAAAUUUUUAACGACGAAGAAGGAGAAGAAUUGGAUUUAGAAGACGAAGAUGAAAUCGAAGGAGACCAAGACGAAGAAAAAGAACCUAUUGUACCACCCAAAAAACCGGAAGACAAAGUAAUUACAAAUGACGUACCUACUAAACCCAGCGUUCCGGCUAAUAAGACCGAAGAGGUGAAAGCACCGUUCGUGGUGCCAAAACCGAAAGACGAAGUAAAAAAACCAGAGCCUCCAAAGGCACCGGAGGAAAUCAGUGAAAAACCAAAAAUCGACAUCGAUAACACGAAAAAAUCGGAAACACCCGCCAAACUAAAACCGGAAUUCGAGACGGGUGAGAAGGAAGGAGCCCCAGCCAAAGCGGUGUCCCCCGAAAUAGACGGUUCCAAGUUCAAGUCUGAGUUUGAAGUCGUAGAGAGGGAGGACAGAGACGUGGUGCCGCAGAAGCCUGCAAAGACCGAGUUCGAAGUCGCGGAAAGAGGAACGGUGGCGGUGAAACCGGUGCUGCCGCCGCCGCCACCACCACCGUCGUCAUCGUCGUCGGCGGUCAAAAAAGACGAUCCACCUAGCCAGCCGUCGGUAAAAAUCGGCGGUGGUGAUAAUGAUGGCAAAGAAGCACCUAAACCGACGACGGUGCAGGAAAAGGCCGCGGCCCACGUGAAAUUUCAAGAAAACGAUAGCGACGACACCUCGGGCAAAGGCCACGCGCCGGUCGUGGACUUUGCCACUCUGGAAAAAGGCGAAACGGUCGUUAAACCACCGACAGUGACGACGGUCGGACGUAAUGCCGUCACCGGAGACGCGGUCGGAGACUUUUUGUCGGCCGAACAGUCGCACGGCGGUCAACUCCUGCAGAAAAGUCACCACGAAUCCAUUCAAGACCAACAGUUGGACUAUAGUGAUUCUGGUGAAGAGCUAUCGGACGACGACAUUGAAAUCGAUUACGAGGACGACGAGGACGACGAAGAAGUGGUAGAAGUGAAGCCGCUGCCGCCCGUCGCCCGAAGCGUUUAUAAAAAGAACGACUGAACCACAACCGUGUUUUGUUUAGUUGUCUMGACAGCCAUUGUAUAAAAAUAGUUAAAACACAUAUAUUUCUUCUUUUUAUAAUUAUUGUAAUUAAAAAAAAAAAUCUU